AUGCCAAGAGGUUUGCAGAUUGUUGCCACUUGCCAGAGAGAGGUGAGAAUCAUACACAGUCUUUGCAAGAAUGAAGAUGGCAGUUGCUGGCAUUCUGGGUCACUUCAGCUUGCUGGAAAUGUGAAAUGUCCACGGCAUCGCCGCCCAAAGUUUGAUCCUGCCACGGCAUUGUUAACGGGAACAAAAGAUGGGACGCUCGUCAACGUCUACUUGAGGAUUUUGGUAGGAAAUCGGAGAAGUCUCUUUGUAUCCCUCUUCUUGUUUUCCAGGCCCUAG